GGUGGACCCGCCUCCAACUGCUGCUGCAGAAAAACCCGCUGGAGUCCAAGUCGGGAAGUAGCCGCCUCUGAGAGCGGGUCUGAACGGCGGCUGGACGGCGCGAUGUGGGCAGCGGGGCUGUGAAAGAGGAUCUUCUGCAGUCGCUUUCCUGAACAUAUUCAACUUCUCCUCAGAAAUGGGUAGCUGAAGUGUAACCCAGUUGACCUCCAGCUCUCUUCCUAGCAACUCUUCUUUUUGCUCUUUGAGGUUUGCAGGCAAUAGACAAUAGUAAUCAUGAGUGGUGAUUCCAGCCAGGGAGUGGUUACGUCCCCUCCUCCACCCAGUGUGAACCACAAGGGGGAUAACUUUGAUCGCAUCAGUGAAAGUGAUCCUGAAUGUAUUCAAGAAAGAAACAUAUCCCCAGAUUUGAGACAGGACUUUAACCUGAUGGAACAGAGAAAACGUGUUUCUCAAAUACUGCAAAGUCCUGCAUUUAGGGAUGAGCUUGAGGUCCUCAUUCACGAACAGAUGAAAAAGGGUAAUAAUCCUGCGGGUCUGCUUGCCCUGCAACAAAUAGCAGAUUUCGUAAUGGCAAGUUCUGUUGCAACUUUACCUUCAACACAACUUAGCCUAGGAAUUGCCACACCCAUCAAUGAUCUUCACGCCAUUGAAUCUGCUACCUUUUCGAAAGGAGAGAAGUUGAUCCGCUGUAAAGUUGCGAGUCUGUACAGAAUGGUAGAUCUCUUUGGAUGGGCACAUUUAACCAAUAGCUACAUAACAGUCAGAGUAAACAAAGAACAGGAACAUUUCCUCAUUAUUCCCAAGGGCCUUUCUUAUUCUGAGGCCACAGCUUCAAAUCUUGUGAAAGUUAAUAUACUGGGUGAAGUAGUGAACCAGGGGAGUACAAAUCUGCAAAUCAACCAAGCAUCAUUCAGCCCACAUGCAGCCAUCUAUGCAACACGCCCUGAUAUCAGAUGUGUGAUCCAUCUACACACACCAGCCACCGCUGCUGUCUCAACCAUGAAGUGUGGUAUCUUGCCAAUAUCCCAAGAAGCCUUGAUUGUUGGUGAUGUUGCAUAUUACGACUAUCAUGGUUCACUUGAUGAACAGUGUGACCGAAUUCAGCUGCAGAAAUGUUUAGGUACUGCUUGUAAGAUAUUGGUUCUUAGAAAUCAUGGAGUGAUCGCACUUGGUGAGACCAUAGAAGAAGCUUUUCACUACAUCUACGUUGUCCAAAUAGCCUGUGAGAUCCAGGUAAGGGCCUUGGCAAGUGCAGGUGGAGUGGAUAACUUACUGCUUCUGGAUCUGGAAAAGUUCAAACAUUACACACACAAGGUGGAUUUUGAAGGAGUCAACAUGGGAAACACACAAAAGUGGAGAGUGGGAGAACAAGAAUUUGAAGCUAUGAUGAGAAUGUUGGACAAUCUGGGCUACAGAACUGGCUACACCUACAGACACCCAAUUCUGAGAGAGAAGCUAAGGCACAAGAGUGAGGUGGAGAUACCUGCAACUGUCACAGCAUUUUCCUUUGAAAAUGAUGCUCUGCCACGUUCUCCCCUCAAGUUCCUGGCACAGAAACAACAACGUGAAAAGACGAGGUGGCUGAAUACUCCAAACACUUAUAUGAAGGUCAAUGUCCCUGAAGAAUCUCAGUCAGGUGAUUGCAGUCCUAGAUCAAAAACCACAUGGAAGAAAGCAGACAGCACUUCAAAAAACAGCAGUGGGACACCAAUCAAGAUAGAAGAUCCUAAUCAGUUUGUCCCACUAAAUACAGAUCCACGAGAGGUCCAUGAUAAGAGAAACAAGAUCCGUGAACAAAAUCGAUAUGACAUGAAGACUGCAGGGCCACAGUCGCAAUUACUGGCUGGUAUUGUUAUAGAGAAGAAAGGCACCCCGCUCACACAACUGGAAAUCGAAAGAUUGGAAGAACAGAUGCCGCCAGGCCCACCAAACCCAUUCAAUUACCUCAAUGAGAAUGAAUUGGAGGAAUAUAAAAGGAUGAUUGAACGAAAACAACAAGGAUUGGAUGAUACUGAGCAUGAAUUAACAUCAGAUGAUGGUUCUGCGUUCUCACCAGCUCAAUCCCCACAAGCCUCACCAGCACCAUUGGAAGAAAACACGAUGGUGGUGGUGAAUGGAGGAAAGGAAGAUGGGCAAGCUUUUGCAGAAGAUGUAACAAACCGCAUCAGCCAGUUAACAACCAACACUGUGGAGAGUGUGGAGGUCACCAUCAAGUCAACAGAAACAGUGGAUUUGAAUGCCAGUGACACCCUUUCACCAGAAGGGUCUCCUUCUAAAUCUCCAUCAAAAAAGAAAAAGAAAUUCCGCACACCAUCCUUCCUGAAAAAGAACAAAAAGAAAGAGAAGGUGGAAGCAUAAUGAUGGGUUUGCAGGGGUGUUGCGCAAUUAAAUUUCUGGUCAGAUUAAUGUCAGUCUUAAAUGCAUAACUGAUGUAUUCAGCUAAAUGUGCUAAACAUCAUUUGCCCUUGCACUGACCAAGAAUAGAUGGAAAAAUGGCACAUUUAUACAGAUAGUUUAAAUCUGACAUUGAAAUAUUAUUGCAAGUUUCUUUUAGAAUUAACCUUUUGCCAAAAUAAAAUCACAUUCUAGUUAAUUCUAGACAUGAAACAGUUGUACUAUGGAAUUGAUUUUAACCUUUAAACAAGCUCAUCUCAAUAAAUCCAUCAAAGUGUGGAAAUUUUAUACAUUUAGACAGAUUUAAUCCAUGACUGAAACUUUAUAAAUUUUUUAAUACUAUGAAAUAAAUGUUGCAAGCAUGCUGUAUAAGGGUCUAAAGAGAAAAGUAAAUGACUAAGAAUGCUUGUCUCAAGUAUACCUGGGGAAAGUCUAGGCAUGUUGUGGUUCUGAUAUUGGAUUAGGUUAUACAAAACUGGACUCGUGUCAAUAGUGGUUUUUGUUCUUUUUUAUACUGCACUUUUUGGUAAUACUUAAUUUACUAGUGACUAAAACUUAAGUGAAUUCAUGAGGUAACCAAAUGAAGGAGAAAUAAUGCUACCAAAAAGGGAAAGAGGAGGUGCUGUUAGAGUAAUUAAUGGGGAAAGGAUUGAGUUGUAAUAAAUGACAAGUGGUAUUAAAGCAAUUGAUGUUUUUUGAAAUUGUGGAUGAACUUGUAGUGUAAAAAGAAAAAAGGCAUGAAACUAACAUUUUAAAUGCAUGACAUAGAACAAUUAAGCUAGAACAGGACAAUCAACCAGGGCUAGCAUGCUCCUUGAAACAUCUGAUUUUUGAUUGACCCAUUUUUUCCCCAUUUCUACCCUUAACUCCUAACGUGCCAAGUAAUAUUGUCAGCAUUAUUUGGAUUCACAUCUGACCAAUAUCCUUGUGGCACAUGAUUGGCAAUCAGUUGUUGACCAGUAAGCUGAAUGUACUAUUUUGGCUUGCCCAUUGAUGAGUUUAGGGUUUGUCCUCAUGACCUGUGUUAGCUGAUACUUUCUCUCUCCUGGAAGAUUAGUUUUCCCAGUAUAAGAUUGAUUUUCAAUGUGAAUUUCAACCCCAUUUUUAUUGCAGUUGUGAGUUUAUUCUUUAGUGAUAAUAACAAAUGUUUAUAACAGUAUGUUGCCAGGAAACCCAUUUUUUUAACAAAAAAGAAUUUUACUGGAUUAUCAUGUUAUUAAUUGUCAAGAAUAGCAGCCUCUAGAAUUUCUUUCACAUUUAUAUGUAAAAGUUCUUUCAUAUUAUACGUUCCCUUGUGUAAAGUAAUGCAUUUGCUAUGAAGUAUUUUCUUGUGUGAAAUGAAAUGUGCAGUGGGUAACAAUAAGAUCAUGAUUUUAAAAGAUUUGGAAAAUGAUGAAUGAUGUGCGCAUUUUGUGAUUACAACUAGACUAACUACAUGCUGAUGACUUCCAUGUCCUUCUGAACAAAAUGCCAAAAUUGGGAGAAGUAAUUAUAUUUUUAAUUUGAGUCUUUGUUUCAGAAUGACAAUAUGGUAUUUUUAUAUGCAUAAGAGAUAUAAAAUUUAAGCACUAAUCUGCAUCUUCUUUCUGCAUGUAUACAACCUUGACGAAGAUGGGUUUACCAGAUGAACAGAUUUCUGUUACUAUUUUUUUCAGUAAAAUCUUUUAUUGGUAAUUCUGCCAAAAAUAGGUCUAAUAAGUUUGUGACUUUAAGAUUAGAAACUCAAAAGAAAGCCACUAGAUGUGUUUGGGAGAAAAUAAAGAAAACCACUAACAUUGGGGUCUGUGAUUUGAAUCCCAAUUAGCAAUGUGAAUGAGUUUUUGAUUCUGAGUAUCGCACGUUGAUGAAUAGAAUCAGAGUUGAUAGAUGGUGUGAGGCUGUAGAAAUGGAUCUCUGAAAGGGAACAACACCAUAUCAACACUAAAUACUGGAAUAAAAAAAUAAAGUUUAACUAGUGUUUUUUUUGUUUUAUAUAAAAAAACAACUUUUUAGUUUAACCCUUUAAGACAAUUAUCCAAGCCUUAUGCUAUUGGUAAAUUUGGAUGGAGGGCAAGGAGAAGGUUGGGGUUUUUUUUGGGUUGGGGAGGGAAACUGCAUAAUUUAUGCAGCUUUUGUGCAUUGCUUUAAAUGGAGUUAAGUGAUCUUGUUGCACCUUGUUAAAGGCACUAUAUGUAAGUGCAGCAACCCUGUGGAAUAUAUAAAGCUUUAACAAAAUUGCUUUCUAGAUGUGUUGCUAAACCAUUUAAAGUCCACUAAUAAACAGUAUUUUACAAUGUGGAAACAUCUCAUUUUAGUCAUCUGUAAUUUGUACCUUUUACUAGACAUUUUUCCCAAUAACCUUACUCUUUGAUUGAAA